AUGGCGCCUAUCAUGGCGGCAGUGGUGUUCCUGGCAGCAAUGACGGCUGCAAACGGCUUCAUUGCUCCCCUAGCUGGCCACCACCAUGCACCGCUGGCGCGAUCCUAUGCAAAGGCUGCGCUCCAGAUGUCAACGGAGGGAGGGGACGACAAGCCUUUCGUCUUCCCCAGGAGCAUGCUUAAGAAGGGAAAGCUGGAGAUCCCCAACUAUAUGGGCGUCGGCACCAUGGCUUGGGGGGACAAGAAAGUAGGGUUCGUGAGCGAUCCCAAGUACAAGCCGAAGGAGGGCGAGUUCAACCCGGCGGACCUUCAGGGGGCGUACAAUACCCUGAUGGAUGCCGGGAUAACCUUUUUCGACACGUCGGACGUGUACGGGUACAAAUCGUCUCCGGAAGGUUUCAGCGCGGAGCAACUUUUGGGGAGAUUUGCGGAGGAAAACGGCCGCCCCUUGAUCGGGGCGAAAUACAUGCCGAUAUUUUGGACCAAGUUUCUGAUCGGCGGGCCGUGGAGGGCGGGGCGACGAGCGAUCGCCAAGGCCUUGACGGCCACGCUGGAGAAGGGGGGCUGGGCAUACGUAGAUCUGUACCAGGUACAUUUUCCGUUCCCGUACUUUGGAGGAAUGGAUGCUCUGGCUGAAGGGCUGUCCAGGGCUUGCGAUCGAGGCCUGUGCCGCUCGGUGGGAGUGUCCAACUUCAAUGCCCAGCAGAUGCGCGAAUUCUCCGAGAAGCUGGGCAAGCACGGCAUCACCCUUGCCUCCAACCAGUUCGAGUACUCUCUGGUUAAUCGAGACGCUGAGACAGACGGAACGCUCGCCGAGUGCAAAAGGCUGGGUGUCGUGCCUCUCGGGCACACCCCGCUGGCGAAGGGGUUGGCAACCGGCGUUUAUACGGCGUCCAACCCGACUGGUGGAAAGAUGGGGGAUCCCAAGUAUCUUUUUAAGGACCUGUUUCCUGUGACUCCCAUCCACACGGCUUUGGCCGCGGUGGCGAAGCGAGUAGAAGGACGGUUGGCGGAGGAGGCGAAGGAGGAGCAGAGGAGAGCCUUCGAGGCGCUAGAGGACGGAGAGGAGCAGGCACCGCCCCCGCAGCUCAAGAAGAUCAGCACAACACAAGUCGCUAUUAACUACGUCAGAGCGAAGGGUGUCGUUCCGCUGCCUGGAGUGAAGACAAAGGCACAUGCGGACGAGAUAGUGGGGUGCUUGGGCUGGUCGCUGCUGCCGGAGGAUGUGGCCAUUCUUGAGGCGGCGCAUGACGCGUACAAGGUCAGCACCGGGGGGAAAACAAUACAGCGCGGGAAAGACCGAGAUCCUAUGAAGCGACAGGCGAUAUCAUUUGGACAAAAGAGCGGGGGGUGGGCAUCGCAGGACUGGUACAAAGAGGAGGACUAG